AUGACAUUGGAAACCAAAUUGGCUGGUCUGACCAUCCAUAACAACUUUAGCGCCACCUCGUUCCAGAACGUGGACAAGGAGGACCUCCAGGGCUCCGGAUACAAGUCCGCCUCGUUUCCUGGUAAAGAAGCGCAAAUGGUCCAAGUCAUGGACGAAUUGGACUCUACUGGGUUCAUUCCCGAAACCUUGAUCGACUCGGAAACACGCUACUUUUACGAGUCGCUCGGGAUCGACGACACCUACUUUGCGUCGGAGUCUGUCUCGGUGAUAGUUUCCCACAUUUUGGCCCUUUAUUCUGCAAAAGUGGAUGCCUUUGCAAGGGGGCUUACUGAUAGACCUUUUUUGCACCACCGCAGAGAAACAGAAGAUCAUGCCGUGUACUUCGACGCGGCCGACUACGACGAGUUCGAGCACGAGAUCGACGACAAGUACCUUGAUCGGGCUCCGGACCAGGAUCCGUAUCGGAUGGAGUCGUUCAAUUCCAGAUUGCCCACCGGCGACGUUGUACGCUGUCAGUUUGUUUACAAGUGCCAGUUUUCCUCUGGCAGAAGCACUGGCGCGUCGAUUGAGGAUAUUGGAGACAAAACGUUUUUGAAAACAGCAACCCACCACACAAAGCUGCUGUAUUCGGAGGUUUUGAACGAGCUCAGCACCACUGAAGGUCCCGUGAUCAAACACUUCACGGUGGCCGCCACUGGCGAACAGCGGAUCAUCAUCGGGUACCGCAGAAACAGUUCUCCGCGGUACAACUCCGCGCUGAGCACGCUGGCAAGAUACUACAACGUCAAACUCAGUCGCAAGUACGUGGAAAACUUUGCCAACGGCAGUUCCAUCAUCUCCAUGUACAUCGACUACUCCGACGGACUGAGUCCAGAAACAACCAUCUACCAGAUGACCAAGGAGGCCUCGUUGUUGUACUGUAUCCCAAACAACAUGUUCUACCACAAGUUUGCCAGUGGAGAGAUGUCUAUCCAGGAGUCGAUCUACGCGCAUUGCGGAGUGAUCUUUGUGACUCAUUUCCUCAACCGGCUUGGUCCUGAGUUCAACUCGUUGCGGGAGCUGUUGUCGCACUCUGGCGCUCCGCACCACACCGAGAUCGUGAGCAAGAUCAAAAAACGGCUCACCUCCGAAACGUACACCCAAUCGUACAUUGCCGAGUCGUUCGAGAGUAACGGCCCGUUGAUCAGCCAACUGUACAGACACUUUGUGGACCACCAUUACAUCUCGAACUCGCUGGAGUCGACCUUAUCGUACCAGCGUGUUGCUGAGGUGAACCCGAUUGCAAGCGACGAGGACUUUGAGAAAGCUCUGGCCAGAUCGACCUCGAACGAGGGCCAGUUGCUCGUGUUGCGUGCAUUGUACUCGUUCAACAAGAGCGUGCUCAAGACCAACUUCUUUGUGUCGUCCAAGAUCGCUCUGUCGUUCCGGCUGGAUCCUUCGUUCCUGCCCAAAACAGAGUAUCCCCAGACUCCGUUUGGUAUGUUCUUUGUGGUUGGCUCCGACUUUAGAGGGUUCCAUAUCCGGUUCAGAGACGUUGCACGAGGCGGGAUCCGGAUCGUCAAGUCGCGGUCCGCAGACAACUACUUCACGAACCUGAAAACACUGUUUGACGAGAACUACAAUCUCGCAAGCACCCAGCAGCGCAAAAACAAGGAUAUUCCCGAAGGAGGGUCCAAAGGAGUCAUCUUGCUCAAUCUGGGAGCUGCUCAGGAUAGACCAAAAGAGUGUUUCACCAAGUACAUCGACUCGUUGCUGGACCUGUUGAUCAAGGACCCUCGUAAGGAGACGAUUGUUGAUCUGUACAACAAGCCAGAGAUGUUGUACAUGGGUCCGGACGAGAACACCGCCGGUUACGUUGACUGGGCCACCUUGCACGCUAGAAAAAGAGGAGCUGUGCUUGGGUUCCCGUGGAAGGCCUUUUUCACCGGAAAGUCGCCAACUUUGGGCGGUAUUCCGCACGACGAGUACGGUAUGACCACUUUGAGUGUGCGUGCGUACACGGAGAAGAUCUACGAGAAGCUGGGGAUCACGAACCUGGCAGAAAUCACCAAGCUCCAGAUGGCUGGCGGAGACGGCGAUCUGGGCUCGAACGAGAUCAAGCUGUCCAGAGACGAGAAGUACAUUGCCAUAGUUGACGGCUACGGUGUUGUUGUUGACGAGGACGGGCUCGACAAGAAGGAGCUGCUCAGACUGGCCAACGAGCGCCAGGGCAACCAGUUCUUUGAUAGAUCCAAGCUCGGUCCUAAAGGGUAUUUGAUUCUGGUGGACGAUGUUGACGUGAAGCUUCCUGACGGACGGGUGAUUGCAAGCGGGCUGACCUUCAGAAACAACUUCCAUUUGGAGCUGAAGAAGAACUUCCCGCCCAACUUCAUCAAACUGUUUGUUCCGUGCGGUGGCCGUCCAAACUCCCUGGACGCCAACAACGUGAGCAGCUUCAUUGACGAGAAAACAGGAAAGAGCAUUGUUCCGUUCAUCGUGGAAGGUGCCAACCUGUUCAUCACGCAGCCGGCCAAGCUGAUUCUCGAGAAGGCCGGCGCGAUCGUGUUCAAGGACGCGUCCACCAACAAGGGCGGUGUCACCUCGAGUUCGCUGGAGGUGCUGGCCGCGCUGUCGUUCGACGAUGCCGGGUUCCUGAAACACAUGUGUGUGGACGAAGCCACGCACCAGGUGCCCGAGUUCUACAAGCAGUACGUCAAGGAGGUGCAGCAGAUCGUGGUGCGCAACGCGCAGAACGAGUUCGAGCUGCUCUGGAGUCUGCGGGAGCAGACCAGCAAGCCGCUGUCGGUGCUGAGCGACGAGUUGUCGGUGGCCAUCAACAAGCUGGCCGACGAGCUGGCGUCGUCCAAGGAGCUGUGGGACGACGACGUGAAGUUCCGCAACGACGUGCUCGUGGACGCCCUGCCCCGCCUGCUGCUGUCGGAGAUCGGCAUCGACAACAUCCUCCAGCGCGUGCCAAAAGCGUACCUGAGAGCCAUCUUUGCCACGCGACUGGCGUCGGAGUUUGUGUACACACGCGGCAUCGACAGCAACCCGGCGCGGUUCCUGGAAUUCAUCUCGUCGCUCAAACGGCGGUUCGAGAGCUCUAAGUAA